ACUUCAGCUGCUCGUUAAAUAUAUAGCGCGCAUAUUCAAACCCCCACGAAAGAUGAAAGAGAGUUCUUCAAGAUCAGAAGAGAUUGUAGAGACCCGAAGAGAUAUGCAGAGAGCUCUAGAGCCCGAAGAGUGAGCUUUCCGGGUGGCUUUUCAACCGCCAGUAGUUGGAGUUCUGGGUAGAGCUCCCAGUCAAGUUGCGCGCCUCUAUCCGAUCGGUUGUCGCUCGUCCGCGUCGGUUCCCCCAUCUGCCUUAUAAGCAUUUUAUUCCGUGCAUUUUAAAUUGUUCUAUCCGUACGUGUUUCCGUGUGUGCUCAUGUGCCGUGUUGAUAACUCCGUGAAAUGCAAAUGAUCUGAUAGAUGAACAGCAUCUACAAGCCCCGCAGCAGCGACGAGGCCCUCGCCGAGCAGAUCAGCUUAGCCCGUGCCGGAAGUGGCACCCAGCCCCCGGCCACGCCCACCUACCGCCAGAUAUCCGGCGCCAUGGCAACCCUGCCGCGCCAUGAUGGCAACCACAAUCACAACAAUAGCAACUCCAACCGGCUGCGCAGCGAUUCCACAGCCACAUCGAGAACUUGUGUCUAUAUUGGUGGAGCGCCAACGGGCGGCGGAGGCGGCGGCGGAACCGGAAAUGGUCCGAUUUCCGUGACCUUGGACCGCCGGCAGCCGCAGCGAAUGUCCUGGCUAAAUAUGCGAAGGGCCAAGGCCAGCGAGGCGGACCUGCCCGCCGUCACGCCCUCGCCACAAACCACUCGCAGUUGCAUCUCCACGGUGUCCAGUGUGGUGGACAGUGGUGGCGGUCGCACCACCGCCACUUCCGGUCGCAUCAGCUCCAGCGGCAUCGUCACCCUGAGCGGCAGCAACAACACACUGAGCGAAAUCCAGGGCGGCUACCACGACAUGGACCACGACGCGGUGUCCAAGAACUUCUCCGUGUCGGCGUCCGCCCACUCCGCCCACAACAUCACCACCGCCAGCAAUGCCAAGCUGCUGCCCGCCGUCGAGGAUGAGUCCAACAAACAGACGAAAUGCUCGGUGUUCCGUGGCCUCGUGCUCUGCUUGUGCCUGAACCUGAGCUACGCGAACGUGGUCCGCUUCCCACGCGAGUUGGACCGCUACGGGUCGGCGUACCUGGUGCCGUAUGUGGCGCUGCUCUUUCUAGUCGGCCUGCCCAUGAUUCUGCUCGAGAUCUCCGUGGGCCAGUUCUUGGGCCAGGGGGCGGCGCACACCUGGCGCGCCUCGCCCAUAUUCAAAGGAGCCUGCAUCAUCAGUCGAUUCGCCUCGUGGCUUUCGGCCAUUUGGGUGUCCUUGCAGGCCGUGCUGGCACUGGCCUACAUCGGAAUGUUCGCCUCCAACGACCUGCCAUUCCGGGAGUGCUCCGGACCCGUGAAGCUGCGAAUGAGUGGCUAUCUCCUGACGGGAACCAGUGGACAGGAGUGCCUGCAGCAGACCUUUCUCACUCCCUUCUGGCGAAAUCCUUUGUAUUUUGGUCUCCUGGCAGCGGGAUUAAUAGGUCUCUGGAUAGUGGUAAUGCUGUGCACCCAUAAUGCCAAGAUCCUGAGAAGAAGCGUCUUCGUCUAUGGACUGGUUGGUCUGGUCCUCCUUUGCACCCUCACCGGUUGGGAGGUGCGCAACUCUUUCAGUCGUCACUAUUUCCCGGAGCUCUGGAGCUUCGAUGGCACUUUGCUGGCCGAGAGCAACAUCUGGUUCAAUGCCCUGAUGCAGGUCCUCUUCUCGGUGAACUGUGGCUUUGGAGCCCUGCCCAUGGUCACGGGGAAGUUCCUCUAUAAAGGCGACGCCGUGAGAACUUCGGUGGUUUACCUCUGCUUCAACCUGCUGAUCAACGCCAUUGCCGUGACCCUGUUCAUGGUCCAGUUUGAUCUGUCGGCCAAUGGCUAUCAGAAUAUGGAGGAGCUGAAACCGCUGACAGCCAUCUAUGAUAGGGUAUUGAAUGGCUCAAGGGAGGGCGAUAGCCAUGUGCUGCAGCACCUGGUUCCAUCGCUGAUCUACCUGCUGAUCAUCCUCUCAUCCAUGGUCUCCAUCACGGUGGCCGUGUACACCUCCACACGCCUCGUGCCACGAAGGCCCAACUAUGUGAUCUGCCUGAUUGGACUGGUGGUGGCGGUCAUAUCAUUUGCGGCGCCCAAGUUCCUCAUCGCCCGCGUGCUGGACUCGCGUCUGGUGGGCACCAUGGUGAUCACUGCGUUGGUAUUCGAGCUGAUUGCCAUAACUUGGAUCUACGGAGCCAAGAACAUCUACACCGAUCUGGAGUUCUCGAUCGGACGUCCCAUCUUUCGGAUCUGGAUGUGGCUGUGGGUCAUCUGUCCGGCCAUCCUAACGGGCAUCCUGGUCUGGUGGUGCGCAGACGAUGAUCAGUACGAUCUGCUGGCCGAGUAUCUCCCACGUUGGGCGCCAAUUCUUUUUGUGCUGGCCGUGAUUGUGAUUAUAGCCUGCGUCCAGAUCUUCCGUCAGGUGGAGUACAAUUUCUUUGGCAUGAUCUGCGAGGCCUCCAAGCCGGCCAAGGAGUGGGGUCCGGCGGAUCCCUUGGCCCGUCACUCCUGGAAGCAGUGGCGUUCGGUGUGCCAGGAUACGGGACGCAGGGAUUUCACCCUAAGAAGAAGGGGUACCCGUGACUAUACACAUUCCAUAAAGAAGGGUCAGUACUCGAGUGCCACGAAGUAUGGUGCACAGAAUGGUGGACAGACCCAGACGCCCAUGCAUCAGCAGCACUGGAAGUCCUCCACACCGGGAAAUAGUUCACCCAACUACAGUGGAUCCAUGUUUGGGGACUCAGCCAUCGAGGAGGAUAUUAGUGUGGAUAAGUUUCCCGGCAUAACGCAACAGCAGUAUGUGCCCUUCCAGGCAAGUGAUGCCACGAAACCCACGAGGUAUUCCCAGCGGAUGAGGCAGACUGCCCAGCCGCAGACUCAAACUCAGAUGCGAUUGCCAAGGGAAUCCGUGGAGAAGCAUCGCGAGGUGGUCUACAUACGUCGCCUUUCCGACGGAGGAAGUGGAUCUCACUCCACAAGGAUAGAGAUAUCACCCUCCAACGAAUCCAUUACCUAUGGUAAUGGGAAGAGCAACAAUAACUCCACCUUGGCCAUGUCCCGCAAUCCACUGGGCCGCUCCACAGGAUGUCUGGCCGCUCCUGCCCAGCAACCACCGCCUCCAAGUGUCCAUGUGAAGCGGUCGGCCAGCUCGGUGGUCAAUGUCAACUCCCACAAACUACCACCACCCGCGACCGCCGGUGGAGCGGCAGAUCACAUUUGUUGGCGGAAGUUCAACGUGAAUCCGGAAGAGUAUUCCACGGAGCUGUGAAACGAGGGGAGAUCCAGGAUCAGGAUCAGGAGUAGGAGUAGGAGUAGAAAACGAAGCAUUCACAUUCAAAAAGACUUGUUGCAUCCAAAACAAACGCAUCUGUAUCUGUAAUCCGUAUUGCACCUAAGGCACACCUAAUUGUUAAGCUACGAAUAACGAAGCAUGUCCAUAUGGAAAGUGUAUCUUCUAGUUGCGAGCUGUAAAUAGCAUCC